CAACGACCUGAUGCACGUUCCCAAACGUCGAAAUCAUGAGACUAGAAGCAGGGGGACGCAAUGUUUUUGCUUUACUUGUUGCAUUAUCUCUUCGAUUUUUACAGGCUGUGUGCACACACGACGUGCAGAUUCCCCCACACCGUGACGUUGCGACCACCGUUCGUAGAUCUGAUUGCGCAGUUCGGCGGGCAGGCGCAGUAGAGGUGAGCUUUGUUGGUUAUGAUGAGUACUAUAAGAGUCAGAUGCAUGUUUGUCGUUUUACUCGAGCGCCUACACGGGGUUCUGAACUUCGUCCAUCCUAUUUGACGGACUUCUGGAUCGUGUGCGGAGUAGAGAGUGGGAGAGGGUGAUGGAUCAGUGAGCGAGAAAGAAGCCGCUGUUGGCGCUAGGGCUGAUUGCUCCAGAGCCUGAGGUGAAAGUGAGUGUGAAAGUCAUGCCGGCGGUGAGCUGAAGA